AAUCAUUAUAAUAUGAAUAAUAAUACAAUAAAAUAUUUACUAUGCGUUUUUAAAUGUUAAAAUAGCUAAAAUUAAAGAAAAAAUGCUAAUUUUUUAAAUCUGAACUAAUAAAAUUAAAUACAAUUACGUAAAUAGGCAUUUCAAAAACAAAUUGGUUGCGACAUGAUUUCAGUUAAAAACAUUCAUGCGGACAGACGCCACACAGCAUCGUCAUCGGCAUCUAGUCUUUCAAUUCUUUCAGAACACAGUAUUGAGUACAAGCAACCGGUAAAUUUUGUAUCUGAUAAAAAUCUUGAAGCCCAAUUCGAUAACAACUAUAGGCUGCAAGAUUCACUAACGUGUAAGUUGGAGAAGAUGGGAAAACAGCAGUUUAUGUCCAUACCCGACCGUCGGGUAAUUGACAGAAGCACAUUCAAGCGGUUAAAAAAUAAAGCUGUGGUAGUAACUGCGGAAGAUCGACGAAAAAAAGCCGAAGACUUAAUGGCAGAUAGGGAGAGGCUGGAAAGCGAGAGCGCUGCCAGAAAGAAAAAACUACAAAGCUAUGACGUACUUAGAACUAAAGGAAAACAACUUGCGCAGUUGGACGAUGAAGCAAAUAAGAAGUCCAAUUAUCUUCUGGCUAGAGCACAACAAUUGCGACAAGACCAAGAAGAUGAAAUAAAACAUUGCAAUUCUCUUAUAUUAAGUACCAAGUGUCAUGCAAUCAGAAACGCUCAAAUCGCUGAAAAACAACUUAUUCAGAAAGAAAUGAAAGAAGAGGAACGUAGAUUGGAAGAAAUGAUGGAACGGGAACGGACAUUGGCCGCUAAAGAGCUCGAAAAAGCAGCAGAAGUCGAGAGGCUAAAAAAAAAAUUUCAAGCAGUUGAAGUCGAGAAACAAAUAAAAGAAAAUGAGAUUGCCAGGGAAAUGGAGUUGGCUAGAAUGGCGGAAGAAGCAAUGAUUCGAGCGGAAGCGGUGAACAAAAUCCGGCACGACGAGGCUGAAAACUACAAGAAGAGAAUGGAAAAACAGGCACAACUACGCAAAGAGUACAUGUUGCUCAACGCGCAGAUAAGAGAUUCGAAAAAACUAGAAGAGGAGAUGAAUAACAUCGAAGUGCUGCAGAUACAAGAGUACACGCGCAAAAAAAACGAACGUGACAUUGCAUUCGAGCGGGAGUUUCAAAAGCAGAAAUUACUAAAGGAAAAGUCCAUUGCCAAGAUACAGGCGAGUCAACAAGCUACAUACGAUUUGCGUGCAACCAAAGACGAACUAAACGCGCUCAGGGUUAGAGACCAGGUGGAACGUGAGUGGCGCCGUAAGGAACGAGAAGAGGCUAUUAAAAAAGCCGCGGUAGAAGAAGAACUAAACGCAAUAAGGCGUAAACAAAUCGAAGACCAAAGAAGAACAUAUGCGUUUGAAAUUCAAAGAGAGAAGGAUGAAACCGAAAAAAUCGCUAAACUCAACAUAGAAGAUAUCAAAAAAAGUAAAGAAAUGGACGAAAAAAAUAAAAUGAAAAUCGAAGCACAUCGUAGAAACCUAUUAAAACAGAUUUACGAUAAAGAACAGGAAAAAAUACUAGAAAGAAAAAGAUUUUUUCAAGAAGGUAUCAAGUUGAAACAAGAGGAACUCUCCAGGCAAAAAAUGUUACGAGACACGAUGUACAAUAAAAUCGAGGAGCUCAAGAUGCACAACGUACCGGAAAAGUUUGUUCAAGGAAUUGUGAGACAACUCAAGUUACACAAAUAAUAGGACUUUCAACGAUUCAAAUAUAUCCAGAAGAACUGUUUUCAUAAUAAACUAAGUGGCAUCAUAUUAAAAUACCUACUGUACAUGCAUUUCAUACUUAGAAACCUAUUAUAAAUUUACACCUCAGUCAUAUGACAUACUACGAACAAUGGGCACGCGCGAAUCGAUCGUGUAAGUGAUGAAUUUCACACUCAAAAUGGGAUUCUCGGCGACAACCUAAUGGAAUUCUCGUGUACAUUUUAAAUCUAGCGUACGAAUUGGUUUCGAUUGAAUAGUCACAGAAUAUGACGUUCCGUAAACUAUUCUUAAGAUAACAUUAUGGUAUACAUGUUUAAUAGUCGUUAUUUACCGCUAGAACAAUAAUUUAUGGAAACCUUAAAAUUUAAUGUCGUAUGUUCACUGUGGUAGACUUGUUUAAAACUGUUAUGCUGUAACUACGUGCAACGUAUAUCCAAUACUUUUCGUAUUACAACGUUCGUGAAAUUAAUGUUAAUUUAAACUAGCAUGCUUUUCUGAAAAUAAAAA